GUGUCACACGCAUGGAGCCUCAGCCACUCGACCCGACCCGACUCCGCCUCCGGAGUUCUCGGAACACAAUAUUUACCUCUUUACAUUUCUCCAACGACUAACGGCAACCAUUUUUCAGUUUCUCCCUUCUUUCUUCCUCUUCCCACUUUGACUCUUCCAGGGCAUUUAUGGAAAUGGAAAUUGAUGAUCUUCUGGGUCGCAACCGGCCGGUGAGUAUUCCGACGAAGAGUGCGAUUUACGUGUGGGGUUACAACCAGUCCGGGCAGACGGGUCGGAACGGGAAGGAGGUGCAGUUGAGGAUUCCGAAACAGCUAUCGCCGGAGCUUUUUGGAUGCACGGCUGGGGCUCAUUCGCGGUGGCUGGACAUUGCUUGCGGCCGCGAGCACACCGCCGCUGUUGCCUCCGAUGGGUCGCUUUUCACUUGGGGAGCUAAUGACUUCGGCCAAUUGGGAGAUGGAACGGAGGAGCGAAGAAAAAAUCCGAAGAAAGUGAAGCAAUUACAGACAGAGUUUGUGAAAUCUGUGUCUUGUGGAGCACAUUGUACCGCUGCUAUUGCAGAACCUCGUGAAAAUGAUGGAACCGUCUCAACAAGAAGGCUUUGGGUGUGGGGGCAAAAUCAGGGAUCGAAUUCUCCACGUUUGUUUUGGGGAGCCUUUACUCCAAACACGAUUAUCCGUCAAGUGUCUUGUGGGGCAGUUCAUGUGAUCGCUUUAUCAGAGGAUGGCCUGCUACAAGCGUGGGGAUAUAAUGAGUAUGGUCAGCUUGGCAGAGGAUUUACAUGUGACGGAUUACAGGGGGCUCGUAUAAUAAAUGCAUAUGCAAAGUUCCUAGAUGAAGCCCCUGAGCUUGUGAAGAUUACCCAAGUGUCAUGCGGGGAGUACCACUCGGCAGCUAUAUCUGAAAAAGGCGAGGUGUAUACUUGGGGGUUAGGAAACAUGGGUCAACUUGGGCAUUCUUCCCUUCAAUCUGGGGAGAAAGAGUUAUUGCCUAGGCGAGUGGUUGCACUUGAUGGAAUAGUCAUAAAGGAUGUUGCAUGCGGUGGCGUACAUACAUGUGCUGUGACUCAGAAGGGAGCUCUUUAUGCUUGGGGUGGUGGUCGAGCAGGGCAGUUAGGCCUUGGCCCUGAAACGGGAUUAUUUUCAUGCAACCCUAAUGAAUCUCAGUCUUUUUUCCGUAACAUUCCUGCAUUGGUUGUUCCAACUAAUGUGCAACUCAUUGCGUGUGGACACUCCCACACACUUAUCUCUACAAGGGAUGGAAGAAUUCAUGGAUGGGGCUACAAUAGCUAUGGUCAGGCAUCUAACGAGAAAUCAACUUAUGCUUGGUAUCCAUCCCCGGUUGAUUGGUGCGUUGGGGAAGUGCGAAAACUUGCAGCUGGUGGUGGCCAUUCAGCCGUGUUGACUGAUGCAUGUUCCUUGAAGGAAUUGUGUGAAUUUAGGCUUGCAGAUAGUGUUAAUCUAAAGAAUGCUUCUACAAUUGAAGACAUUGCGUCUAGAACAGGCUCAGAUGCUUUAGCACGGCUUUGUGAAAGACUAAGGCAGCAUGUCCUCGAGGGUGGCGACUGUGAAUAUGAAGAAAAUUAGGCCAGCGGUUAUAGCAAGUGAAGAAACAAUUGGAUUAGAUUUAAUACUGACAUCCAUUAUGUCAAUUUGUGUCAAUGUAAUCACUUUAUUUCCAAUCUGGUUAUGAAUUAGGUAUUCGGAGUUGCCGUUAUCAGAUUGUGAAGGGGUUAAACCCUUUGAAUUUAUGUCAAACUGCUAUAAUUUGUAACCAAAACUAAGAAGUACGGAGUUAGUUGCGUCAAGAACCAUCAUAUUGAGAUGUUGAACUUGUUUACGUAACCAUUCGCUAUUAGUUGUAUAAAAAACAUGAAAUAGACUUGAUUAUCGACCAA